AUGGGUGUUAUUCCAGCCCCUACUGCUACACCACCUGAAGCUGAUCUCAAACCGUCUGGUGAGUCGGUGCGUGGAAGCUCAACUGUCAAAAUGGUUGCCGAUGCCACAAAUGCACACCCGAGUGAAUAAGCUCCUCAUGGCUUUUGACCACAUCUGCCAGCAAUUCUGGGAGAAACUACGUCAACGGAGACUUACCUCACCCCCUGCUGGUCAUGCCCCUGCUCUCAGGAGCCGUCCCAUCCAACGGGCCCUCAGGUCUCAACACCCUCAGCGCUUCCCCCGAAAGGGACAGCACAAAGGAAACGGCGUGGUCGGAAGCUGCGAGGAACACCAACUUCACAUUGCACAGACCCCCAAAGUAAAGGGCUGCGCUCCACUACGCCUCCAACUUUUCCGACCUGACCAAGAGACACACGCAUCAAGCUACCAGCGCCACUGCCAGAGGUCUGCAUCAACAGCACGGGGGACCCAUGGAGCACCGACACUCCUCGGGGCUGAGGCACGGAGAUCAGUGGCACCAUCGACUCACGAACAACAAGCAGCAGGACAGUUACGCCUCACACAUCAUGCGCAAGAGAGUGGGAGUCUCAAAGAGAGAGGAAAAGAGCUUGUCCUUAUGGCCUACUCACGGCAUAGGGUUAAGCAAUCUGGCGACAUCAACACACUCCGAGUGCCCCCUCUUAGCACCCAGCAGGGAGUCCCAAACUCCUCCAAUAUGUUUCAAGACUGA